AGAUGAAAAAAUAAAAAUAAAUUAAAAAAGCUGUCUCAUUCAAAAAUUAUUAUUACAAUCGUAUCUAAUUGCGGCAUCAAAGAGUAACUCCUUCCGUCCGUGAGAGUAUUUCGUCAUAUCCUGUUAACUGAAAAACUGGCUGAAAUGUUCAUUUUAAGAGUUGCAGCUGCUGCGCUGAAAAUUAAGUUCAGGCUGUGUUCGGAUCAAGCGUCAGGAUGUGGAUAAUAAUUGUAUCUAUCGCAGUCGUUGUCGUUGCUUUGUUUUUAAGAUAUUACAGAAAAAAUGACGAUUAUUGGAAAAAGCGUGGAAUUCCAUUUACUCCUCGUGAUAGCAUCAUAAUUAUACUUUGGGAUGCGUAUUACAAGAGAGUGAAUGAAACGCUAAUGGAUAAGUACAAGAAAUAUGGUAGAAUAUUUGGCGCUUUUGAGUUCCGAACACCUUUCCUUAUGGUUGCUGAACCAGAGCUCGUGAAGGACAUAUUGGUGAAGGAUUUUCAAAUAUUUUCAAACAAAAGGGACUUUACCACUAACGACCCGACGAUGGACAACAUGGCUUUUAUGUUAAACGGGGAAGACUGGAAAAGAGUACGAACUAUAAUCACACCAGCUUUCACAUCCAAGAAAAUGAGGAUUAUGGCCCACAUUAUAAAUGAUUGCGCUAAAACAUUGGUGCAAACUUUGGAAAAGCACGCCGAAAACAAGGAACCAGUUAACUGCAAAAAGUUAUUUGGUACUUUCACCAUGGAUGUAAUCGCUUGUUCUGCUUUUGCGACAAAGAUAGAUUGCCACAACGAUCCUAAUAACAUCUUCGUGAAGCAUGCAAGAAAAAUUUUUGAAGAAUUUUUUGCUUUACGGAUGUUAAUCAUUUUGUUGUUCUUUCCGAAUUGGUUGAGAAAAAACUUAGGAUUCAAAAUUGUACCGUCAGCGGAAUUCUUCCGAAAUGUAACUUUGCAAGUGAUUAAAGAAAGAAGGCAGAAAGGCCAUAGGCACAAUGAUUUCUUGCAACUAUUGAUGGAUGCUGCUGAUGAAGUCACUCAAGAACCCGAGGAAUCUGAAAAUGCAGGAUUCAAAUCAGUUGAAAAGAAUGACGACGAAAUAGACCAGUUCGGAAGUGUAACGAGCAAAGGAAUAUCUACAUCUCAGAAGUAUACAAAGCUAUCUCAAGACGAACUCAUAGCUCAGUGUGUGAUGUUUUUCUUUGUCGGCUACGAAACUGCUGCUUCAACCCUUUCUUACAUUGCCUACUCUCUUGCUUUAAACCCAGAGUGUCAAGAAAAGCUCAUUCAAGAAAUAGAUGAUGCCUUUCAGAAACAUGGCCAGGUGGAUCACGAUGUGGUAAGAGACUUGAAAUACUUAGACUACGUUGUGUCUGAAACAUUGAGAAUGUAUCCUAUUUUAACACUGACAGAUAGGACAGCUGCAGCUGAAUAUAAGCUAGGAAAUACAGGAAUAACCAUAGAAAAAAGCUCAAGAGUGAUCUUUCCUAUAUAUGCUAUGCAUCACGAUCCAGAAUUUUUUCCUGACCCAGAAAAAUUUAAUCCAGAGAGAUGGAUUAGAGAUGCUUCAGGUAAACUAAGUCAUCCUCAAUAUGCAUACUUACCAUUUGGAGCUGGACCUCGAAACUGCUUAGGUAUGCGUUUUGCGCUGAUGGAAAUUAAGUUAUGCAUGGCUAACAUUUUGCGAAACUUCAGGUUCAAAAAAGCAAAAACCACAGAAGAACCUCUCAAGUUUAUUCCAGGCAAUGCCUUUUUAAGCGUUAAAGAACUUCCAUUAAUGGUGGAAAAAAGGACGGAACUUAAUACUCCAGCAGAAAAUUAACACUCUGUUGUAAACAGUUUCAUCUGAAAUCUGUUUUGUGAAAAACUUCAAUUUAAGUGUUUUAUUCUUGCUGGACAAGAAAUUUAGCUUUAUAUAAAUAUUGUAUUGAAAUCUCAUACAAUGUACGGUAUGCAUUUUGUUAUGCAUCUAUUUAAUACUUUAUAAUAAAAAUGGGAAAAGAUUUUUAUUUGAAAAUUCUGCCUUGUGAAAUAUGAACCGUCGAAACUAUAUUUUAAAAUUAUACCCUUGUGUUUAAUAAAUAGAUGACUUUUCAAAAUCAGA